GAAUAUGAUGUUGAUAGCUGGAAAUGAAAGCAAGCAAACAAGUGACUCAAUAAAGAGAAUGAGAAAGAUGGGACAUUGAGUGUGGCCGAAGCUUCUUCAUUCUCUUUUUGGCGUCGUCUUUCUUUUCGUGUCACUGUCUCGAAAUCUCAUUAAUAUCGUUUUAAGAGUUUUUAAGGCAUUGAAAUCUGUGCCAAUUCAAAACAAGCAAAAACCAUGGAAGCAACUGCAGGAAUGGUUGCUGGCUCGCAUAAGAGGAACGAGCUUGUUCGAAUUCGCCACGAUUCUGAAACCGCCCCUAAACCCCUGAAGAAUUUGAAUGGACAAAUCUGUCAAAUUUGUGGUGAAACUGUUGGAUUAACAGAUAGCGGCGAUGUCUUUGUUGCUUGCAAUGAGUGUGCAUUUCCAGUUUGUCGUCCUUGUUAUGAAUACGAGCGAAAGGAUGGGAACCAGUGUUGCCCCCAGUGCAAGACUAGAUACAAAAGGCACAAAGGGAGUCCUCGAGUGGAUGGAGAUGAAGAUGAGGAUGAUGUUGAUGAUUUGGAGAAUGAGUUCAGUUAUGGCCAAGGAAAGGCCAAGGCACGGCCGCAGUGGGAUGAAGAUGCUGACAUGUCUUCCUCUUCAAGACAUGAACAACCAAUUCCACUUUUGACUCAUCGACACCAAAUUUCUAGUGAGAUUGCUACACCUGAUACGCAAUCAGUUCGAACUACAUCAGGCCCUUUGGGUCCAUCUGACAAGGUUCACUCACUUCCAUAUGUUGAUCCAAGGCAACCAGUUCCAGUAAGAAUUGUAGAUCCAUCAAAGGACUUAAAUUCUUAUGGUCUUGGAAAUGUUGACUGGAAAGAAAGGGUUGAAAGUUGGAAACUCAAGCAGGAGAAGAAUGUGGUGCAUGUGAAUGGUAGUAGAUACAAUGAGGGGAAAGGUGAUAUUGAAGGAACUGGUUCCAAUGGAGAAGAACUUCAAAUGAUUGAUGAUGCCAGACAACCUUUGAGUCGUGUGGUGCCUAUUCCUUCAUCUCAGAUAACUCCUUAUCGUGUCGUGAUCAUACUCCGGUUGAUUAUUCUGGCUUUCUUCUUGCAAUAUCGUACAACUCAUCCUGUGAAGGAUGCAUACCCUCUAUGGUUGACAUCAGUUAUUUGUGAGAUCUGGUUUGCCUUAUCCUGGCUCUUGGAUCAGUUUCCAAAAUGGUCUCCCAUCAAUCGCGAGACAUACCUUGAUAGGCUUGCUCUAAGGUAUGACCGUGAUGGAGAACCGUCGCAAUUGGCCCCGGUGGAUGUGUUUGUUAGUACAGUGGAUCCUCUCAAAGAGCCUCCUCUCAUAACAGCAAACACUGUUCUGUCUAUACUCGCUGUCGAUUAUCCUGUCGACAAGGUUUCUUGCUAUGUAUCAGAUGAUGGUUCAGCCAUGUUGACCUUUGAAGCCCUUUCAGAAACAGCUGAGUUUGCAAAGAAGUGGGUUCCCUUUUGCAAGAAGCACAAUAUUGAGCCAAGAGCCCCAGAGUUCUAUUUUGCACAGAAGAUUGAUUACUUGAAGGACAAGGUUCAACCCUCUUUUGUGAAAGAGCGCCGUGCAAUGAAGAGAGAAUAUGAAGAAUUUAAAAUACGGAUCAAUGCCCUUGUCGCGAAAGCUCAAAAGACACCAGAAGAAGGAUGGACAAUGCAGGAUGGAACUUCUUGGCCUGGAAAUAAUCCUAGGGAUCAUCCUGGAAUGAUUCAGGUCUUCUUGGGUCAUAGUGGAGGUCUUGAUACAGAUGGAAAUGAGCUACCAAGACUUGUUUAUGUUUCUCGUGAAAAGCGACCAGGCUUCCAACAUCACAAGAAAGCCGGAGCUAUGAAUGCUCUGAUUCGAGUUUCUGCUGUCUUGACAAAUGGCGCAUAUCUAUUGAACGUCGAUUGUGAUCAUUACUUCAAUAACAGCAAAGCUCUAAAAGAAGCCAUGUGUUUCAUGAUGGAUCCAGCUCUUGGAAAGAAGACAUGUUAUGUGCAGUUCCCUCAGCGUUUCGAUGGCAUUGAUUUGCACGAUCGAUAUGCCAACCGCAACAUUGUUUUCUUUGAUAUCAACUUGAAGGGUCUGGAUGGUAUUCAGGGACCAGUGUAUGUCGGAACUGGUUGUUGUUUCAAUAGGCAGGCUUUGUAUGGUUAUGAUCCUGUUUUGACUGAGGAAGAUUUGGAACCUAACAUUAUUGUGAAGAGUUGCUGUGGUUCAAGAAAGAAGGGAAGGGGUGGGAACAAGAAAUACAUUGACAAGAAGAGGGCUGCAAAAAGAACUGAAUCAACCAUUCCUAUCUUUAAUGUUGAAGACAUUGAAGAGGGUGUUGAAGGGUAUGAUGAUGAAAGGUCACUGCUUAUGUCUCAAAAGAGGUUAGAGAAGCGUUUUGGUCAGUCUCCGGUUUUCAUAGCUGCCACCUUCAUGGAGCAGGGUGGCAUUCCUCCUUCCACCAAUCCCGCGACGCUUCUGAAGGAAGCAAUCCAUGUUAUUAGCUGCGGUUAUGAAGACAAGACAGAAUGGGGCAAAGAGAUUGGAUGGAUAUAUGGCUCUGUGACUGAAGAUAUCUUGACUGGAUUCAAGAUGCAUGCUCGCGGUUGGAUUUCCAUCUAUUGCAUGCCACCUCGCCCGGCGUUUAAGGGUUCUGCUCCCAUCAAUCUUUCCGACCGUCUCAACCAGGUGCUCCGGUGGGCCUUGGGAUCCAUUGAGAUCUUCCUAAGCAGACAUUGUCCCUUGUGGUAUGGCUACAAUGGUAGAUUGAAGCUUCUUCAAAGGCUGGCUUACAUCAACACCAUUGUCUAUCCCCUUACUUCAAUCCCACUUCUGGCUUACUGCAUACUUCCUGCAUUUUGUCUUCUCACAAAUAAAUUUAUUAUUCCUGAGAUAAGCAACUUUGCUAGCAUGUGGUUCAUUCUCCUCUUCGUCUCGAUUUUCGUGACUUCAAUUCUUGAGCUUAGAUGGAGUGGUGUGAGCAUAGAAGACUGGUGGAGGAAUGAACAGUUUUGGGUUAUUGGUGGUACAUCAGCACAUCUUUUUGCUGUGUUCCAAGGUCUUCUCAAAGUCCUUGCAGGCAUUGAUACAAACUUCACCGUCACGUCAAAGGCGUCGGACGAGGACGGAGAAUUUGCUGAGCUCUACGUGUUCAAAUGGACAUCACUUCUCAUCCCUCCAACAACAGUGCUCAUAGUGAACCUUGUAGGCAUUGUAGCUGGUGUGUCAUAUGCUAUAAACAGUGGAUACCAAUCUUGGGGACCAUUGUUUGGGAAGCUUUUCUUUGCUAUAUGGGUCAUUGCUCAUUUGUAUCCAUUCCUGAAGGGUCUUUUGGGAAGGCAAAACCGCACACCAACCAUUGUCAUUGUUUGGUCAGUUCUCCUUGCUUCCAUAUUCUCCUUGUUGUGGGUUAGGAUUGAUCCUUUCACCACUGAAACCUCAAAAAAUGCUAAUGGUCAAUGUGGUAUCAACUGCUAGAGAUACUCUGGUUAAACUCACCAUCCUCUAUUGUUUCAUUAUUCGGAGACACACAAGGUUGCCAUAGUGUAUAUACCGAAUUCAUUGAGAAAUGUUAUGUACUUAUUCUACUUGACAAGACGAGAUGAGUACAGAUAACAUACACCUAAUUCAUUCUCUCAAGGUUCUUAUGGAGGAAACAAGUGAAGAAGGGUUCUUGAUAAAGAUUGAAACAUAGAAGACUUAACCCUUUGUGUUGUGUUGUAUUAUUUGUUUAUUUUAUUUAUUGAUACGUAUUCCUUUUUCUGGUAUAUACCAAGAUAGUUGAGCAAAAUAUCUGUGUGAUAGUUUUGAACUUUUGAUUUGUAUUGGAUUAAUAAUUAAUAAUUUAAUGAAAGAAAACAAGCUGCUAUUUGUUGCUCAAA